CAGUGAGACCAGCCCAAGCUUUUAGGGUGGGGAUUUAGACAGGUUAAACGUACCUUCAGACCUGCUCCCAGAGAAGGCAGAAACACCUCACAGCCUGCAUGUAAGAACAUCUACUGAGAAAUUAUUUUAAGCAGACACCAGCUGAGUGGGGGGAAGAAAAAGAACAGAGAAGAACAAACAAAACUCCCUUGGUCUUGGAUGUAAGAGCACCCAGCAGAGAUGAACUGGCCCUUCUUCAGAACAGCUGCAGUGCUGUUCAUUUUCCUGGUGGUGCUGGAAGUGAACAGUGAAUUUCGAAUCCAGGUCAGAGAUUAUAACACUAAAAAUGGCACCAUCAAGUGGCACUCCAUCAGGAGGCAAAAACGUGAGUGGAUCAAGUUUGCCGCAGCCUGCCGUGAAGGUGAGGACAACUCAAAGCGGAACCCAAUCGCCAAAAUUCACUCAGACUGUGCUGCAAACCAGCAAGUUACGUACCGCAUCUCUGGAGUAGGAAUUGAUCAACCACCUUACGGAAUCUUCAUCAUUAAUCAAAAAACUGGCGAAAUUAACAUAACGGCCAUAGUUGAUCGAGAGGUCACCCCUUUUUUCAUUAUCUAUUGUCGGGCUCUGAAUUCGCUUGGCCAAGAUUUAGAGAGACCGCUUGAGCUCAGAGUCAGGGUUCUGGAUAUAAAUGACAACCCUCCGGUAUUUUCUAUGUCUACUUUUCUAGGCGAAAUAGAAGAAAAUUCUAACGCAAAUACACUGGUGAUGAAACUCAAUGCUACUGAUGCAGAUGAACCAAAUAAUUUGAACUCAAAAAUAGCCUUCAAGAUCAUAAGACAAGAACCUUCUGAUUCACCAAUGUUUAUUAUCAACAGAUACACUGGAGAAAUACGAACAAUGAAUAGUUUCCUAGACAGAGAGCAAUAUGGCCAGUACUCUCUAGCUGUAAGAGGCUCCGACCGAGAUGGUGGGGCAGAUGGUAUGUCAGCAGAGUGUGAAUGCAGCAUUAAACUCCUCGAUGUCAAUGAUAACAUCCCAUACAUGGAACAGUCAUCAUAUUCCAUAAGUGUUCAAGAAAAUGUUCUAGAUUCAAAUUUGCUCCAGAUCAGAGUAAUUGAUUUGGAUGAAGAGUUCUCAGCUAACUGGAUGGCAGUCAUUUUCUUUAUCUCUGGAAAUGAGGGAAAUUGGUUUGAAAUAGAAAUGAAUGAAAGAACAAAUGUGGGAACUUUAAAGAUUGUUAAGCCCCUAGAUUAUGAAGCUGUGAAGAAUCUGCAACUUAGUCUUGGUGUUAGAAAUAAAGCUGAAUUUCAUCAAUCAAUUAAGUCUCAAUAUAAACUUACAGGAACUGCAGUCUCUGUGACUGUGUUAAAUGCUGUUGAAGGCUCAGUGUUCCGUCCAGGUUCAAAGACAUUCAUAGUAACUAGUGAUAUGGGACAAAACUAUAAAUUGGGAGACUUUAUAGCUACUGAUCUGGACACAGGUCGACCUUCAACGACUGUUAGAUAUGUAAUGGGAAAUAAUCCAGCUGACCUGCUAGCUAUUGAUUCAAAAACGGGCAUAAUUACUUUGAGAAACAUAGUUACUAUGGAACGAUACAACAUACUUAAAGGAAAAUACCAAGGAACAAUUCUAUCUAUAGAUGAUGCUCUUCAAAGAACUUGUACUGGUACAAUUAUUAUUAACCUUGAAGAUAAUGGCUGGAGAAAUGGUACAGACUCUGGUGGUACAGGUUCUGGUGGACCUCUUUCAACUACUAGCACAAUUGGCACAGGUGUUACCAUUUCCACAGAUGUUACCACUACUACCUACACAACCGGUAUCCGUUCUGGCACAGAUACUUUUGGUGUUAACGGUCCUUUUCCGAGAAAUACUGAUGAUAAUGUACAUUUUGGUCCUGCUGGCAUUGGACUACUCAUCAUGGGAUUCUUGGUCCUGGGAUUGGUCCCAUUUUUGCUGCUCUUUUGUGACUGUGGAGGUGCCCCUGGUGGUGGGGCUGGCUUCGAGCCUGUUCUCGAAUGUUCUGAUGGAGCAAUUCAUUCGUGGGCGGUGGAAGGAGCACAGCCCGAACUUGUGGAUUUGCCCAAUAUCUGUCCACCACCAAUACCACCCAAUAAUGCAAAUAUAAUUGAGCGCAUUGACAACUCAGGGGUUUACACAAAUGAGUAUUGUGGCAGAGAAAUACAAGAUCUGGGAGGAGGAGAAAGAACAACAGCAUUUGAAAUAACAGAUGGAAUUAAAACAUCAGUGGUACCUGAGACAUGUCAAGAAUAUUCUGGAACAUUAAGAAGAAGUUCUAUGAGGGAAUGUAGAGACGGAGGGCUGCAUAUGAACUUCAUGGAAAAUUACUUCUGCCAGAAAGCAUAUGCUUAUGCAGAUGAAGAUGAAGGACGCCCAUCCAAUGACUGUUUGCUCAUAUAUGAUAUUGAAGGUGUAGGCUCCCCUGCAGGCUCUGUAGGUUGUUGUAGUUUCAUUGGAGAAGACUUGGAUGACAGCUUCUUGGAUACACUGGGGCCUAAAUUUAGGAAGUUGGCAGAUAUCAGCCUGGGAAAAGAAGCUGAACCAUAUCCAGACCCUGACUUCUGUUGGCCACCUGACAGCACUGAACCGAUCCGCCCUCCGCAGGGAAUAGAGCCCAUUGGCAGCGGACACCCACCCAUCUCCCCACAUUUCGGCACUACCACCGUUAUUUCUGAGAGCACCUACCCCUCGGGACCUGGCGUACAGCAUCCUAUGCCUAUUCCUGACCCUCUGGGCUAUGGUAAUGUCACUGUAACCGAGUCUUACACCACCUCGGGCACCCUGAAGCCCUCUGUCCACGUUCACGAUAACCGACACGCACCAAACGUGGUGGUGACAGAGAGGGUGGUCGGCCCGAUGUCCGGUGCCAAUCUUCAGGGGAUGUUAGAGAUGCCUGACUUGAGAGAUGGGUCAAAUGUUAUAGUGACAGAGAGGGUAAUAGCACCAGGUUCAAGCCUGCCCACCACCUUGACCAUCCCUGAUCCUAGAGAGUCUUCCAAUGUAGUAGUGACAGAAAGAGUAAUCCGGCCAACUUCCGGCAUGGUGGGCAACCUGAGUAUGCGCCCCGAGUUAUCGAACACCCACAAUGUGAUUGUGACAGAGAGGGUAGUUUCGGGCUCCAGCAUCACUGGCAUUGGUGGCCCAGCUGGGAUGGGCGGGGUCAGCGGCAUAGGCGGCAGUGGCCUGGUGGGCAGUGCAGCGGCCGUAAGUGGCGGCAGCACCGGGCUGAGCAGCCUGGGAGGAGGCGGGGGCCUGAGUAGCAGCAUCGGAGGCACCGCCACCAUUGGCCACUUGCGGGGUUCCUCUGAGCAUCCCUUUAGCAACACCCUUGGAUCCGCCUCCCCUACCACAGGCCGAAGUCGAAUCACGAAGUACAGUACAGUACAAUAUACCAAGUAGCCAGGACCCCAGCACGCUUUUGCUCAGUCGCUGUGAUUUAGGUUUAAUGCCCACCACCAAAAAACUAACAAUGUGAUUUAUGACACACAACCAGGUGCUAAGAAAAUUGUGGAACAAGGUGAGAUACCACAGUGAGAAAAACAGAUGAAAGUGCUUUGCGCAGGAGCUCUCCUGAGCAUUUGUAAACUUUUUUCUUAGGUUAAUACGAACGGAAUCAUGACCGUGAACUAAAACUUGAGACAGGGUCUUCUUUGUGCCUGGAUGGCCUGUAGGGUCUUCUUUGCUUUUGUGUGGCCUGUAGUGUGUCUCCAGCACGUGGAAUAAAUAAAACUGGGUCAUGUAAAAGCAUUGGCCUUAAGAUGGCAAUUGGCAUCACUCUCCUUGCUCUGUUUUGAAUUGCCAUGUAGCUCAGGCAAUAUUUAAAUAAAACUAAACAUGCAAUAUUUGCUCAAGUAUGUGGAAAGAAUUUGAAAUAUGCCCCAAAUGCCUUGUCAACUUCACAGAUAAUAUAAAUAAAAAUCCAACCACAUAUUUAGACCGGGGUUAACCAUUAAAGAAAAAAAAGUCUGGCUGCACAGCCAAGUUCACAAGCCACCAAGCACUCCCACCUUCAUAAUUGCACUAGAUGAAACAAACCUCAAAUUAAGAAAGGUUUCCUGGGAAGGAAAUUCCAUAAGAGAGUGGCAAUAUAGUGAGAUUGAUUGGGGAUGAGUGUCUGAGACUAGAUCUUGAGAUGGGGCUUCAUUGUAAUUCCUAUGGAGUCAAGGACUUCUCUGAUUCUAGUCUGUGUUCAGUGGUAGACGCAAUAUUGAUGAAUAUUGCAUAGUGGUGAGGUUACAGGAUAUCACACUCAUUUUUCCUUUACCAUAGUGACUCUGACUUAACAAAGGAAAACCUGCCUAAUAUACUUUUCAGACUGAAACAAGUAACACCUGACAUGGUAAAUUACCUUCCAAAGAAGUAGAGGGGAAUCUCACAGUAUUUUCAGUUUGUGUUUUUAGUAAGUGUUAUUCAUUUAUAUCCAGCUCUUUAUUAUACAUCUCCUAAGUUAAAAUAGCUGACUUAGUCUGAGCUGUGAAGAAAAGCCUGCAGUAUAGUUAAGCUUUGGGGAAAUUUUUUUAAGGGGAUCUUAAAAAAAAUGUUUUUAGAACAUGUAAAAUGUUUAAUGGGGGAAGUUAGAAUUGUUCAGUAAAUAAUACCAUACUAUUAGUUUUAAUUGAGUUUAGUGCUUUUUUUAACAACCCUCUGCUGCUAUUUUGAAGAGAUCAUCUAGGAACAUUUGACAGAGCCGAUGACGUUGUGCUAAUAUGAAUGAAAUUAUACUAGACAACCCAGUUUCCUUACUGUAUCCCACCCCUAACUGAAUUUUCUCACUAGCCUAAAUUUUACAUUCCUGAUUUGACUUGUCAAUAAUCUCUUGGGUUAUAUAUGCUCCAAUGUAUAGAUAGUUUCCAAAUUAUAUAGUAUGGUAUAUUUUCUAACUUCAAAGUUUAAUAAUGUGCUAUUUGUGAUAAGUCGUUUCUGUGAAUUUGCUGUAUAGUAUUGUUACCUGGUUAAAAUCUCUAAAAAGAAUCAAAGCAUUCUUAGAGGUAAAUUUACUAUUGUAUAGUAGAGGAAUUUUUUCUCUUUUCUAAAUUCAAUGUUGAUAUGUGCUCACUAAUGUGAAACUGGAUAUAACAAAAAUCUUUUAAGGAUUAGCUCCCCCAAUUACUCAAAUUUUCCAGAGUGUAACAAGAUCAAAGAGUAGUUAUUGGACUUCCAGCACUUGUCAGAGGGGGAUGGGGAGUGAAUUAUUUUACCUAGAGCUAUUUUGCUCUAUGUUAUAGCAGAUGAUAUCAAUAUUUUCAAAGCCACAAUACACAUCUUAUUUUAACUCUGUAGACUAUGUAAAUUUUUGAUAGUCUGUAGCAAGCCAAAAUGCAGAGGUAUAAAUAAAAUCAUUCACAGGGGGUCUUUUAUUUCUUUCUCCCAUUUGGUUCCAUUAAUAAUGGGUAAUCUUUCCAGAAAUAAAGUCAAAAGCUACUUAUUGAAAUAUACUUGAGUAUGCCUGGGUCCAGGAUUUUGAAGAAAUAAAAAUAAUCAUUAAUUGCUAGUAUUUUUAUCACUUUGAUGUGACGUAUCAUCAGAGGAGUUUUCUUAAGACUCCUGAUAUCUUCCAGAAAUGUUUUUUAGAUUGUCUGACAAAUGCUCGAGUGACCAUCUUUAAGAACUUUUGUUAUUAAGAUCCAUUAGUUACAUAAAACCAUGGGAGAUACAAGUUAAAAAAAAAAGUGGCCGUAUUAGUCAUCAAUCUUUCUAGGAAGAUACUUUCAAAUCAAACUUUUUUUCAGGAUUACACAUUCUUGUUCUAACUCUUUAUCGCUAAAUUUUAAAAUUACCCUUUUUAAGUCAACAACCAUUCUAACAGUCAUUUAAAGGCAUGUAAUUUUUUUUAAUGAACAGCCUUCAGGAAGAAUUUAAUCCUUCUCUUUAGAUGCUUUACUCUAACUCAUAUACUUUAUGUCACUCCAUAGACUUAAAGAUAUGAAAAUUAUUUUAUAAGUGAACAGUUAUAAAUCAAAUCCAUAUUGCAAGCUGAGUCUCAGAACAACUUUCUCUGAACAAAAGAGAAGGAAGUGAUUUAAAUAGUAUGUGUAUAUAGUUUGAAAACAAAGUGUUUAAUAUUUAUAAAACAUCUCCCUUUCCAAAGAGGUAGUCCUUAGGGGCAAAAAUUACUGUAUUAUAAAUACUUUUUUUAUUUAAUAUCAACCAAAAUACCAUCUUGAGCUAACUUUGACGUUGAAUUCCAAAUAUAUCUGCUACAUAUUAUUAGCCUCUAGGUAUGUUGCCUGAUGUAACUAUAUUUGCUCUGAAAAAUUUUUAGGAAAAGUAUCUAUUUGAGGUUAUUUUUAGGCCUUCAUCUGGACAUCUGUUCUACAUUUGUGUGUAAAGUUUUUAGCUUCAUAAUCUUCAUUCAAUGUGAUGUUCUGACAGAAUUUUAGUUACAUAGCUUCAAAAUUUGCAUAUUCCCUCUGACUGGAUGUUUCUAAUUAUAGACACAAUUCACUUCUGAAUUUAUACCAAACUUGAAUGUCAGCCAGGGUAUAACACAUAUAACAGCCUUUGACUUUAGCAGGAGUUUAAAGGUGUUAUAGUCUUGGCUACAAUGGCCCUGGCUUUUUCAGAAAGACAUUUGAAACCCAAAACAAACUUUUGAAAGUAUUGCCACAUUUCCCUAUGCCUAUUUCAUCAAAUCCAACCCUUGAGGGGACUUCUGGUGUUGGUAAGACCUAUUUCACAUUGCACUAGAAUACACCGGUCCACAUAGAUUAGUAGUACAUGAAACAGAAUCUAUCUUCCAGUUCCAGAUUAUCUGUUUCAUGUUAGGACACAAGCAUACAUGGAUCAACCUGUUGUCCAUCAAAUAAUUUUAAAACAAUGAAUAAUCUAUUGUUUAGUUGUCUACAUUCCUCUAUUUAGUUAUAUUUCAAUUACUAAACACUAUCAUCAAGCUGUACUUGGUCUAACUUAUUUUUCUUUUGCUAUUUUACAAGUAUUUUUAAACUCUAAUACUCAUCUUGGGUGAUGUUUACAACAAGGUGCUUUCCUUCAAGUUUCAGUAUAAAGUUCUGGGAUUAUUUGGGUGCUAGUUCCUUUUGUUCAUCUGUUGGCUAUUUUAAGUUGGUUUGUAAUUUCUAAAGAGUUAUGUUUACAGCAAUAAAAUGAUUAAUAUGCCUUCA